AUGUGCACCCAAUACUACCGCCGCUACACCUGCGACGACAAACGCAAAGAAGAUUUCCGCCAAUGCGAAAAACGCCGCGGCACAAAUGUACGCUGCAGUCCCAUCGAGGAAAAAUCCUACGAGAACUCUGCACACUACUGUAUCGAUCAUAUGGUUUCGUCGGAGGUGCACGAUAAGAUGAAGAGGGUUCCUACCAAGAAGGAGAAAUAG